GCUGAUGACAAGGGAAACAGAAGCACAGAAUUGGUGUAUAAAAUCAUGAGUACAACGCAUUGAUCAAGCACAACAGCAAACAUUAUGCCUAUAGUAGAAAGGACAGAAAACAAUACAGAAAUGGAAGUGCAAGGCUUAGUUGUUAAUCACUGCUGAGGGAGGCAUAAAUUCCAGAAGAAUAAAACUAAGUGAAAGAGGAAAAUCAGCAUUACACAAAGCAUUAAUAGGAGUAACUAGCAAAGGGCAUAAGCGAGCCAGGAAGAUAGAUGGAGAGCCUACUGAAGCUAGACUCCACCUCUGCUGCACCUGAGUGCUUAAGGGAGCUGUCCAUCCCUCAGUGCUGGAUGUUCAUUCUGCUAGUAGCACUCAAGAGCUCCUGCCUGAUUCUGUAAAAUCAUAUCAUUUCCCAAAUCUCCAGAGGAGAGCACAUUCCUAACAUACUGAAUUUUAUGAAGACUAUAACUAAGAAAACAUGAAAAGGAUCAUUGCUGCAUGAAAAUUGUAACUGGAAUUCAGCACAAGAGUACCACAGCUAACCCAGUUCCAAAUACAUCCGCUGCUUUUCAAGACUCUAAGAGAAACUUUGAUGGGGUUGGCUGAACUGACACAGAUAAAUCAGCCACAGGAAAAGAAAACUGACAGAUUGUCAGGUAUUUAUUUUUAGUCAGAACAUUGCUUUGCUGACAUGGCAUAGUGUUAAAUUUGCUACAGAGAUUACUGAUAAGAUAAUUGGAACGUGCACUUUUCAGUCUGUGGACAUACCCAAACUUAAGCCUAACAAAAGUCACGAUAACUAGAAACCUAAUUUGAAGGUGUAUAACUUGCAAGUUUGUGCUCACAUUUUUAUACACGGACUAUGGAAACUCUCUAAAGAAAGCCCUGAACUUAAAAACCAGGAAAGCAGUUGUGGAUCUACCGGUGGCUUCGCUGUAAAGCAAUAUCUGAUGAUUCUUAUGGCUUGAAGAGCUGAGCUUCAGAGGGACCUACUCACCUUCAUGGAUCCCCAGAGCCUGUCUAUGUACAAUGAUGAUAUUAACAAUGGAACUAAUGGAACUGCUGUUCAUCAGAAGCCUCAUUACAAUUACUAUGCCAUGCUCCUUACUCUUCUUAUAUUUGUCAUCGUCUUUGGCAAUGUUUUGGUGUGCAUUGCCGUUUCUAGGGAAAAAGCUCUACAAACCACUACCAACUACCUAAUUGUCAGUUUGGCUGUGGCAGAUCUCUUGGUGGCCACAUUGGUGAUGCCUUGGAUGGUUUACAUGGAGGUGGUUGGCGAGUGGAGGUUUAGUCGGAUCCACUGUGAUAUCUUUGUCACCCUUGAUGUUAUGAUGUGUACCGCAAGUAUCCUUAAUCUUUGUGCCAUCAGCAUUGACAGGUACACAGCAGUGGCGAUGCCUAUGCUAUAUAAUACACGCUACAGUUCAAAGCGCAGAGUGACUGUAAUGAUAUCUGUGGUUUGGGUCCUGUCAUUUGCAAUAUCUUGCCCCCUCCUGUUUGGGCUCAACAACACAGCUUCCACAGUUUGCAUCAUUGAUAAUCCAGCAUUUGUCAUCUAUUCCUCUAUCGUUUCCUUCUAUGUUCCUUUUAUUGUUACACUCCUGGUGUAUGUUCAGAUUUAUAUAGUACUAAGGAAGCGCAGGAAGAGAGUAAACACCAAGCGCAACAGUCAUGGAGUAGGAGUAGAUGCCCACAAGGACAAGUGCACUCAUCCUGAAGAUGUUAAACUAUGUGCUGUAUUUGUUAAGUCCAAUGGGAGCUUCCCAGCAGAGAAAAAGAAAGUGGAAGCUGGCAACCACCCAGAAGAUAUGGAAAUGGAGAUGAUGUCAAGCACAUCUCCACCAGAGAAAACAAAACACAAGUCUGCUUCUCCUGAACAUCAACUUGCUGUGCCAGCUACAUCAAACCAGUGCAACAAUGUCAACCUACCUACACCAGUGAAUAGCCCUUAUAAAGCUGAAAAUAAUGGACAUUCAAAAGACAGCACACAGCCUGCCAAAGUUUUUGAGAUUCAGUCAAUGCCUAAUGGGAAAACACGGACCUCCAUUAAAACAAUGAGCAAGAGAAAGAUUUCUCAACACAAGGAAAAAAAAGCAACACAAAUGUUAGCCAUUGUAUUAGGUGUUUUUAUUAUUUGCUGGCUUCCUUUCUUCAUAACUCACAUACUAAAUAUGCAUUGCAAUUGUAACAUUCCACAGGCCUUGUACAGUGCCUUCACUUGGCUUGGUUACGUGAACAGUGCUGUCAAUCCAAUUAUCUAUACCACAUUUAAUGUGGAGUUCAGAAAGGCCUUCAUUAAAAUACUUCAUUGCUAAAAGACAAGAUAGAAGAAUGAUGCAGUAAUCAAUAACAAGAAGAUACAGGACACAGCAGAGACAAGCAAAUCCUGGGUUCCCUUGGACUGGUAGAAAUGGUGUUUUGCGAGCAAUUAUAGCAACUGAAUGCUGUUAUGUGUAGAGGUCUGUAAAAGGGCACAAGGAUGUAACUAAAACAAAGUACUACAUUUUGAACAAUUGUUUUGGAAUUGGGGCUAAGAGUUCUUGCCUUCAAGCAACAUUUAGAAGAAGAAUCAAUUUUAAUUGAAUUCAGCCAUCAGUAAUGACCUUACUUAAUGGUUUCAGGACACAAAUGUAUGUCACUGCAGUCUCACCAAAGACGUUGCUAUUUUCGCUAUGGUCCUCUUUUUAAUAGAAGACAAAUUAAGAUUUGCAGGCACUCCUAUGUGAAUCAUGCCAGUGAAACUAUUUUUUUUUCUGCAAACUCUACACCCUACACACUUCUGAUUGUGUGCCUUGGGUUUCUAUGAAAGUGGUGUUAAUGUAAGCUUUCUUAGUGUUUUGGCUCUUUACAGAAGAAUAAAAAACAACACAAGACAGCAAUGUUAAGGCAUCCUUAUGCUUACAAAUGUAAAUAUAGCAAGAGUAAUUUGACAGAAGCCCAAGCAAAAAAAGUAUAUAUAUAUAUAUUAUAUAGAAAUAUCAAAUCUGUACUGCAUGGUGUGUGUUAUAUUAAAGGAUUUCCAUUGUCACACCAUGUCUAUACCUUUGGGAAUUCAUACUAAACACCUUUUACAAUGAGUUUUUCUUUGUCCUACUUUUACAUAAAAAAUAAUAUUACUGUGAUGGUAACCAUAGCACCAGUACAGUAUGUCACAUAUGUUUUCUGCUUAAAGUUGGAUUUUCUGUUUAGUUUAAACCAAGGCUUUCCUAUUUUAAAUUCUACAGGAGGUAUUGACCAAACUUUUUGAUGUAAAGGUUGCCUUUAAGCUCAGAGAGGUCAGACAGACUUCUGACUGAGAUACCUAAUGUUUUUUGAAAAACUCGUGAACCUGCAGUACUUAAGUGCAAGUGAAAGAGCACAAGAGGCAGACCAAUAUAAAUGAUAUCAUCAAUAUUUUAAAUAAAUAUAUACUGGUCCUUCAACCAUAGUGUGUACCACUAUACAGUACAUAUAUUAAAUCAUUAAGAGCAAUUCACUUAUAAAUAUGCAGCAUAUCUAUAAUAUAGCUAUCAGUUCCAUUGGCAGCCCUACAAUUUACUUUAUACUUGUCUCAGUCAAGAAUUUUCAGUAAAGGUACAUAAAUCUGAACUAUUGUUCAAAUAAUCCCCAAAACUGAUAGCCCCAAUUCAUUUUGGUUUGCACAUGUCUAUGUACUGUAUAAGUAAAAAGGCAUCAUAUAACAUCUUUCAAAGCUUCUUCCAAAGGACAUCAUCAAUGCAACUCUUAUACUGGUAUGCAGGUUGCACAUAUCCAAGUGCAUUUUGCUUAUAUCACAUAGCUUUGUCUCUCUUAAUAUCAUUUUAUAGCAUAUAGCAGAAACAAUGAUUUCCAUUGGUUGUAAUUUACCACUGAUGUGAGAUAUUGGCAAUGGUCAGUGGUCGGAGUCUAAGGUUGGGGAUGUACAAAUAUGACACAAUAAGAUGCCCCCUAGACUCAUUCUUCCAUAAAUACCAUCAGCAUCCAUAAAUCAUCAUUUAAUGAUUGCCAUCAGUCACAUAGCUAUACUUUAUAUAACUAACUAACACUGACUGUAUCAGUUCCAUAUACAAAUGCAUUCAUCUUUAUGAAUAUAGGACAUUGCCUUAAUGUGUGCCAAUUGGCUUAGAAUGUUUUAGAAAGAUUUUUUCUUAAAGGAGAACUAAAGCCUAACUAAAGACGUAGGAUAAUUUUGUACAUUAUGUUUUGGGAUUCUGU